AUGCUGAGGCAGUGUUCCCAGGAUCCUGUGUACGGUGAAUAAAUAGACUUCUGAACUGAAAAGUCGCCUUACUGAUCCUUCAUCUCCACUUGGAAUGCCAGUAGCUGGGGGACGGCUAUUUCCUACAGUGCUAAUGUAAAUAUUUCUCACCUGCUUGCUUAUGUUUGCCUCUUAGGUUCCUCUCCGAAUGCAAGGCCCACUCACAGUAACCAUCCAGCUUCCUCUCAGAAUGUAAGCCCCCCUCGGGGUCACCAUUCAUCCUCCAGCCAAUUGAGAAGAGUUGAGCCAACAGCCAGGCACCAUAGCUCUCCCAUGAACGAAUGGAACGAGCGGUGGUCAGGAGACAGAACUGAUUCGUAA